AUAACAAACUGGAUAAAGGAGGGACAGCUUUAAAAGGAUGGUGGUGCUUGAAAUCAUUGUUCUUUCUCUGUUAACAUGGGUUACAUGCAAGGAAACAUGUGCAGUCAUCAUUGCUUUGCACAAAGAAUUCAAAGGUAAGGAUAUUGCUGCUAGUAAGAUUGCACCUAAUUCAAACAUGUAUUGGAUCACAUUGUAUAGAAGGCUUCAGGGUGCCCAAGAAAGUCUAGCAAAUGCCAGGACCGUCUCCUAUAGAUGAAUCAGCUGCAGGAUCGGGGCACCACCAGUGCAGAGCUUACUCAGGAAUGGCAACAGGCAAAUGUAAGUGCAUCUGCAUGCACAGUGAAGCGAAGACAUUUGUAAGAUGGCCUGGUGUCAAGAAGGGCAACAAAGAAUCUACUUCUCUCCAGGAAAAACAUCAGGGGCAUACUGAUAUUCUGCAAAGGGUACAGGUAUUGGACUACUGAGGACUGGAGUAAAGUUAUUUUUUACUGAUGAAUCCCCUUUCCAAUUGUUCCUGGCAUCCAGAAAAAACCUUGUCCAGAGAAGAAAAGCCAAGGGAGUGGGCUCGCUCACAACUUUGCCUAAGAACACAGCCACGAAUAAAGAAUGGUACAAAAACAUCCUCCGAGAGCAACUUCUCCCAACCAUCCAAGAACAGUUUGUUAACAAACAAUUCAUUUUCCAGCAUGAUGGAGCACCUUACCAUAAGGGAAAAGUGAUAACAAAAAAACUUGGGGAGCAAAAUAUCGAAAUUUUGGGUCCAUGGCCAGGAAACUUCCCAAAUCUUAAUCCCAUUGAGAACUUGUGAUCAAUUCUCAAGAGGUUGGUGGACAAACAAAAACCCACAGAAAUUCCAAGAAUUAAUUAUGCAAAAAUGGGCUGCACUCAAUCAGGAUGUGGCCCAGAUUUUGAUUGACAACAUGCCAGGGUUAAUCGCAGAGGUCUUGAAAAGGAAGGGUCAACAGUGCAAAUAUUGACUCUUUGCAUAAACUUAAUAUAAUUGACAUUUAUACAAUUUUUAUACUUAUACUUCAGUAUUCCAUAGUAAGAUCUGACAAAAAUAUUUAAAAACACUGAAGCAGCAGACUUUUUAGAAAAUUAAUAUAUGUGUCCUUCUCAAAACUUUUGUGCAUGGCUGUUCAUAUAUGUACACUACUGCAGAAGCUUAAAACUUGUGUUCUGUACAUUUGCAGUAGUGAAGAGUCUGCCAAGGCAAAAACACAGAAGGAGCUAAUUAAAACCCUGAAAGAGCUGAAGCUUCAUUUGCCAGCAGAUAAAAGGAACAAGGGCAGCAAGUCCACCACUCUGAACACGCUGAAGUAUGCCCUUCGCUGUGUCAAACAAGUUGAAGCUAAUGAGGAGUACUACCAGAUGCUUAUGAGCAAUGACAGCCAGCCAUCUGGCCUGGAUGUGUCCUCAUAUACAAUAGAAGAGAUUGAUAGCAUCACGUCAGAAUACACGCUGAAAAACACGGACAUCUUUGCAGUAGCAGUGUCUCUGAUCACAGGCAAGAUUGUAUACAUCUCAGAUCAAGCAGCAACCAUUCUCAACUGUAAGCAGCACGUGUUCAAGAACGCCAAGUUUGUGGAGUUUUUAACACCACAGGACGUCAGCGUGUUUUACAGCUUCACCACACCAUAUAGACUGCCAUCUUGGAGCAUGUGUACAGGAGCUGAAUCUUCACCUUCUGACUGCAUGCAGGAAAAGUCAUUCUUCUGCCGCAUCAGUGGCGGUAAGGAGUGUGAGGGAGACAUGCAGUACUACCCAUUCCGUAUGACUCCUUACCUAAUGAAGGUGCAGGACACAGAGCACACUGAAGAUCAGUUCUGCUGCCUUCUGCUGGCUGAAAGAGUGCAUUCAGGCUAUGAAGCACCAAGGAUCCCCACAGACAAACGCAUCUUCACCACCACACACACACCAAGCUGUGUGUUUCAGGAUGUCGAUGAAAGAGCUGUCCCGUUGCUUGGAUAUUUACCACAAGACCUGAUUGGUACACCAGUACUUCUACACCUGCACCCACAUGAUAGGCCAUUGAUGCUAAGCAUUCACAGGAAAAUCUUGCAGUAUGCUGGUCAGCCGUUUGACCACUCGUCCAUCCGUUUCUGUGCUCGAAAUGGAGAGUAUAUCACCAUGGACACCAGCUGGUCCAGCUUUGUUAACCCCUGGAGCCGCAAAGUGUCCUUUGUAAUUGCACGACACAAAGUCCGCAUGGGUCCGGUAAAUGAAGACGUCUUUGCAGCUCCCCCAACAACUGAGGGUAAAUUAAAUGACUCGGAUAUCCAGGAUGUUACUGAACAGAUUCAUCGGCUCCUGCUUCAGCCAGUACAUAAUAAUGGUGCUAAUGGCUAUGGAAACCUAGGCAGUAAUGAUCAUUUGGUGGGUCUGGCCUCAUCCAGCGAUAGCAGUGGAAAUGGAGCCUGUAAUCGCACAGGUGAUGAAGAGGGCCAAGCCAAACCUAGAACAUUUCAUGAGAUUUGUAAAGGUGUUCAUAUGCAGAAGAACCAGGGACAACAGUUCAAAAAGAUUCCAGGCAAACUGUUACAAAAGGGUUCAGUCGUUCGACCCAAAGACUCAGCAUACUCAGUAAACUGGAGAAAGAGUGUGGAGGUGCAGCAGGCCACCAUUCAAGAAGAGCUGCCAUUAAAAGACCAGACUGUCUACUCAUAUCAGCAGAUCAGCUGCCUCGACAGUGUAAUUAGGUAUCUAGAAAGUUGCAAUGUGCCUAUUACAGUGAAACGUAAAUGCCAGUCAUCCUCCAAUACCACUUCCUCUAACUCAGAUGAGGACAAACAAAAGGCUGUUGAAAGCUCUAUGCAGGUGUCUGAAGCGCCCGGGCACCUGCAGUCCCAAGCUGGUCUUUCCCCCUUGGAUGUGUCGAAGAAGCCAAGUAACUCGAGCGUGGUAGGCACAUCGCUCGCUCCUCUGGCACUACCCAGCAAAGCUGAGAGUGUGGUGUCCAUAACCAGCCAGUGCAGCUACAGCAGCACCAUCGUACACGUGGGGGACAAAAAAACCCAGCCAGAGUCAGAAAUUAUCGAGGAUGGCCCCAGUGUUGGAGACACUGCGGAUGGCCCUACUCCAGCCACUCCUCCUGCCACAGCUAUACCUUCCACCCAAGAAAGAAACCAAGCAUAUAAGAAACUAGAUCUGACCAAGCAGGUGCUGGCAGCACACACACAAAAGGAAGAACAAGCUUUUCUCAAUCGCUUCAAGGAGCUAAGAGGGGUUCACACAUUCAAAGCAGACUACCUGGAGAAGCAGAAAGGACAAGCCAUCUCUCAUGCCGGGCCUUCUCGAGUCUGUAAGCAGGGGGGCAGAACAGAACCUGCGACCGGUCGCGGGGGCCGCAACAGAAAGCAUAAAUCUAAGCGCAUCAAACAGAAUGAAUCUUCCGACAGCACCAUUUCACACAGGAGGCAGGUGUUCAGGCAAGAACUGCAAGGACUGAACCAGACUUCAUGGUCUCUUUCAGACACCUCACAGUCUGCUUUUCCCAUUGCAUAUCCAGCCGUUGUGCCGGCAUACCCCCUUCAGCUGUACCCAGGGACCAAUGCCAUUCCACCCAGGGUGGAUGCACCGCUCUCAGGAUUUGUUGACAGCCAGAGUACCCAGAAUCCACGCUUCCCCAUGCAACCCAUGCAGCCCCAAUUCCCUGCCCCUCUUGUCACUCCCAUGGUGGCACUUGUGCUGCCCAACUACAUGUUUCCACAAGUAGGAAGUGCCCCUCGCCAGCCUUUCUACCCUGAGCAGGCUAUGUUCCCACCCAGUCAGGUUCCAUUCCAACCUCAGACAGCGUUUCCUUUACAGACCCAAUUCACCCCACAAACCCCUUUUCCAGCUCAGCCAUUCCCUUUCACACCACUGGACAAACAUCCCAAACCUGCAGAACCAGAAACGAGGGAGGAGCCUUCACGAAGCUCCACCCCUCAAUCACUGGGUGGACGCGACCAAUCAUCUCCACCCUUGUUCCAGUCACGGUGCAGUUCACCACUGCAGCUUAACCUUUUGCAGUUGGAAGAGAGCCAACGCUCCAAUGAGAAACAGGAAACCACAACAACCAAUGCUGGUAAUCAGGGGAGUGUUGCAGUGGAGAAAGGACCUAACACCGGAACACAGACCAAAACGGACAAACAACCAGAAGAUGCAGGUGAUGCAGGCCUGCACCACUGUGAUGCUUUCUCUUCAUCCAGUGAUCUGUUGGAUAUCCUCAUGCUGGAGGACUCUCGUUCUGGCACAGGGUCAGCCACAUCCGGGUCCAUGGGUUCUGCUUUUAAUGGAUGUGGGACUUCAGCUUGUGGAAGUGGUGGAUCUGCUAGUGGAACUGUAUCUUAUACAGGAAGCAGUAACACCAGCAAUAACAGCAGUAACUAUUUUGGCAGUGUGGACUCUUCACAGAAGUCCCUUGAGGCCUUGAGACAACGACGUAGGAUUGCAGGGUCCUUGGAGUUAGAGGAGAGUGAAAGUUUGAUCAAAUAUGUCCUGCAGGAUCCUCUUUGGCGCCUCACUGCCAAUGUGGACAAGGAGGUUAUGAUGACAUACCAGUUGCCCUCCCUGGAUAUACAGCAAGUGUUGCGGGAUGACCGAGAGAAACUGAGACAGAUGCAAAAGAAUCAACCACGAUUUUCUGAAGAGCAGAGAAGAGAGCUGGCCGAGGUUCACCCCUGGGUGAGAGGAGGAGGUCUACCCAAAGCCAUUAACGUUGAGGCGUGUAUUGGCUGUAAAGGAGUCACGGAGAUGCUGGUUGAGGAGGAGCUCCCAGACUUGCAUAUGGGGGAAUCUGAAGUCAGUGAUGUCACAGCCCCUCCACAUGACCAGACGUAAUGAAGAGCUUGUGUACACACAUACACCACAGAGUGCUGAUCUAAUGUUUAUAUAUAUAUUUAAAUAUAUAAACAACAUUAAAAACAUUCCCAUAGUUUAUAUAUUUGGAUGUUAGGAGCAUUGCUAUUGAUGAGCUCUUUAAAGUGUGUGUGUGUGUGUGUGUGUGUGUGUGUGUGUGUGUGUGUGUGUGUGUGUGUGUGUGUGUGUGUGUGUGUGUGUGUGUAUGCAUCUUUGUGUGUAUUUGUGUGUGAAAUUGUCUGUCAGUAAAAUUCCUGGACACCAUUGUAUUUUAAGACAAUGUCCUUGUGACUGAUUAUUAUUAUUAUUAUUAUUAUUAUUAUUAUUAUUAUUAUUUUUAUUAUUUCAACUAUAAAUUGGUAUUUUGUGGAUCUUAAAAUCCACUUAUGUUGUAUGUCCUAUUUUGUGUUAUAUAAUUUUGCCCUACAAAUGUAUUUGAAUACCUCAACAACUACUGUAGUAACUCAUAUAUGAAAAGAAGGUCAAAAAGCAUAGUUAAGGUUAAAAAAUAUAGUUUAACUCUAACAUUUAGCAGCAAAUGUAUAUCACAUCCUCAGCUUACACGUUAUAUAAUUAUAUGAGACCAAAUAAAAUUACUGAACCCAAAAAUCCUUGAACUAAGGAUUUUCAAAAACUGUUUAAUGGAAAUAGUUUAAGAUAUUUAUAGCAUUCUUGUAUAAACUUGUUAAAGAAUAUUUUAAAGAGAUCUGUUCACAGACAAUCAUGGUACAGGGACACAAAAAGGUUUAAUCCAUUUUUUCCCCAGAAAGAGACUAUAUACAACUUUGCAAGAAAAGAAAAUAUUUUUGACAUUGGAUAUGUUGAAAACAACUUUGUACUGUACUACAUAGCAAUUGAAUAUAUUUAUAAUAAAUUCAUAUCGAGUAAUUAUUUUUAUACUGAACCCAUCCUCAUUAUAUGCUCUUACCUUUAAUAACCACAGCUCGUUUUACGACAUGAGCAAGCCAGGAUCCCAGAAGACCUUUUUUUUGUUUAGGGUUAAGGGCCAACUGGAAGAUUUGCUAAUUAGAGUCUUUAAUUAAACCAUUUUUUUUCUUCUUUAAGUUUGUACAGUCCACAAUAUAGCUUAUUGCAGGCUACAGUAAAGGUAUUUUAUGUGUCAAAUGUUAUAUAGAAUUUCUCUGUUAACAAAUAAAAUGUACUUUUUUUUUUUAGCAAACAA